UUCAAAGGAUGGUGACAAGAUGUUUGACUUACUUAAUAAAUUUGUGAACUGCAUUGGAGUAGCAAAUGUCGUCCAAGUCGUCACAGAUAGUGAGUCAAGCAAUAAGUAUGCCGGGAAGACGUUAGAGAAAGAACACCCACAUUUGUAUUGGACCCCAUGUGCUGCUCAUUGCUUAGACUUGAUGUUGGAAGACAUUGGGAAAAUACCGUCCAUCUCUAGAACAAUGCAGAGGGCAGUGGAGUUGAAUAGUUAUAUUUAUAUGUGACCAAAGUUGUUGAACAUUAUGAGGAACUUUACUCACAAAAAGGAGUUGCUUAAGCCUGCUAAGACUCGAUUUGCUUGUUUCAUCACAUUAUCAAGUAUUCACAAGCAAAAGAAUAACUUGAGAAAGAUGUUUACUUCAGAAGAAUGGAAUCGUAGUAAAUGGGCGAAAGAGGAAGCCGGUAAAAGAGUUGCUUCUUAUGUUUUGAUGCCUUCCUUUUGGAACAACAUUGUCUUUAGCCUUAAGGUUUCCGGUCCUCUUAUUCCGGUUUUGAGAUUAGUUGAUGGCGAGAGAAAGCCUCCCAUGGGAUACAUUUAUGCGGCUAUGGAUAGGGCUAAAGAAGCCAUUGCAAAAUCAUUUGGGGGAGUAGAAGAUAAAUACUUAGAUAUUUUUGAAAUAAUUGAUAAGAGGUGGAAUGUUCAACUUCAUCGCCCUUUGCAUGCAGCAGGUUAUUAUUUGAACCCAGAAUACUUUUAUUCAAAUUCGAAAAUUGAAGAAGAUGAAGAGAUUGCAAAGGGUUUGUAUGCAUGCAUUGCAAGGUUAGUCCCGGAUGUCAAAGACCAAGACAAAAUUACUGAGGAGCUGUCCUUAUAUUCUAAAGCUGAGGGCCUCUUUGGUAAUCCAUUUGCUAUUAGACAGAGAAGUACACGAGGACCAGCUAAUUGGUGGGAAGCUUAUGGCAAGUCAACAAAACUUCUUCAAAAGUUUGCUAUAAAGGUUUUAAGCCUUACUUGCAGCUCUUCUGGUUGUGAACGAAAUUGGAGCGUGUUUGAGCAUCUUCAUAACAAGAAAAGAAAUAGGCUCGCUCAAACAACGUUGAAUGAUUUAGUGUUCAUCAAAUAUAAUAGAGCAUUGAGGCGUCAAUAUAAUAUGCGUGACACUCUUGAUGCCAUUUUACUCGAUGACAUUGAUGAGAGCAACGAGUGGUUGACGGGGAGGAUGGAUGAUUCUGAUGCAGAACAUGAUCUAGUCUAUGAAGAUGAUUCCUUGACAUGGGGUGAUGUUGCUAAUUUUGCUGGUAUUGGAGAGGCAAGCAGGCCGCAACGGUCUACUAGAUCAAAAUCUAGUUCUAGUUCACAGUUACCAACAAAUGGAGCAGGAAGUUCUUCAGUUCGACUUGUGGAUGAGGAUGAGGAUGAUUCAGAUGAGAUAGAAGAGGAUCCUGAGAAUUAUGAAUCAUUUAGUGACGAUCAAAAUGAUGUUAUGCUUAUUGAUGACGAGGAUGAUAUUUAGAUUCAUUGGUGUUGUCUUCUUAGGAAGAAUGAUGUUUAUGUUUGUUUUAGUUUUAUCUUAUACUUCUCCUUAGUUGACUUUUGCAUCUUUAUGUUAAUAUGUUUGAUUAUUCACUGUUUUGAACUCAAGUACUUGAUUUACUUGGUUUUGGCAUCUUUAUGUUGAAUAUUUAACUUAAGUAAUUCAUUUAGUUGACUUUUACAUCUUUCUAUAUACUAUUGCAUGAUUUGCAUCUUUAAUACUUUAUUGGGUGGGUUUUGUUUUUUUUUUUUUCCAACGUGUGCCUUGCUUCAGUCGGGCGCGCGCCUCGGCUUGCGCCUUGCGCCUCAGGCUCCAGGAGGCAUUUGCGCUUUUGUGCGCCUUGAGCCUUUAACAACUAUGGGCCAAAGAGCUUCAAAUAAAACAUCUUCGAGCUCAUAGUGACUCACAACUCAUCACCAAACAGGUGAAAAGAGAAUAUAUCCCCAAAGAAGAAAGAAGGUGUGCAUACCGAGAAGAAAUUGAAAAACUAGCAAAGUAUUUCUACACAAUUGAAUUUCGGCAAAUCCCAAGGGAAAAAAACCCGAUCGCCGACCGCUUGGCUUGCGCGGCAUCCAUAGUAGACGAACCAUUGAUCAGAGUCAUCCCAAUUGAUAUUUUAGACACACCGAGUAUCACAAGAGGGAUACAAGUGCUAGUCAUUCCAUGGGAACCAAGCUAGAUAGAUCCUAUUCUAGCAUACCUCGAAAGAAGGGAACUUCCUAAUUCCAAAGAAGCAGUUCAAUAGCGAAGAAUAAAGGUUACCAGGUACUCAGUUGUGAGACAGCAGCUCUUCAAGCGAUCUCACUUAGGGCCCUACCUCAAAUGCCUAACCCCCACAAAAUCCAGGGAAGUUUUGAAGCAACUAUAUAAAGGAGAAUGCGAAAAUCACUUUGGGGGUAGAUCACUAGCUCACAAAGCUUUGACUCAAGGUUACUACUGGCCCUACAUGGCAAGAGAAGCCGAAGAGUGUUCUAAAAGAUGCGACAAGUGUCAAAAGUAUGCCCCCCUCGUCCAUCAGCCCCCAGAAGAGAUGCACACAAUAAGUAGCCCUUGGCCAUUCACUCAAUGGGGAAUAGAUAUGGUAGGACCUUUACCGCCAGCUGCAUCACAGAAAAGGUACGUCCUACUAGCCACUGACUAUUUAACUAAAUGGGUCGAGGCGAAAGCAUACGCAAGUGUAACUAACAUUCAGGUAAGAAAAUUCAUUUAGAACAAUCUUAUAUGCAGAUUCGGAAUACCAAAAUCCAUCAUUAUGGAUAAUGGUUCAAAUUUGAAUAAUCAAUACACUCAACGUUUCUUUGACAAAUACAAAAUCAGCCAAAAAAUGUCAGCAGUGUACCACCUACAGGGCAAUGGACAAGCAAAGAUAACCAACAGAACAAUAUUUGUCUACAUCAAAAAGAAGCUCGAGGAUAAAAAAGAAAAAUGGCUGGAUAAAUUGCCAAAUGUUCUAUGGGCAUACAGAACUACUCCGAGAUGCCCUACGAGUGAAACUCCUUUCUCUUUAGCCUACCGAACUAAAGCAGUAAUUCCCACUGAAAUAAUAGCACCUACCAUCCGAAGCCUAGCUUGGGAAUAGAGAUCAAAUAAUCAAUUUCUAAAGCAUAAUCUGGAUCUCUUGGAGGAGAAAAGAGAAGCAGUUGUUAUUCGGCUAGCUGCGUAUCAACAAAAUAUAGCAAACAACUACAACAAAAGAGUCAGAUGUAGAGGUUUCAAUCCAGGAGACCUGGUGCUUUUGAAAUUAGAAAAGUAUGUUGACAAAUUGGAACCCAAUUGGGAAGGGUCAUGCUGAAUCUCAGAUGUGAUUGGAAAAGGAGCUUACAGACUCCAACGCCUGGAUGGCACUGAAAUGGUCAAACUAUGGAAUGCGAUGAAUUUGAAAAGGUACUUUCAAUAAAGUAAUUGCAUAAUUUUUUCUAGUACUUUAUUUUUGUGAAUAAAUAAAGUUAUUUUUUGUCUUUUUCGGAAGUCCCACAUCGAAUAAACUCUUAAUUGUUAUUUAAGAAAAAAUAACACAAAAUGUAAACAUUGGAGUGGACCAUAGAUAGUAGGUGACCCACAAUAGGACCCACUCUCAGGGGUCUCAACUUCACACCUUUUUGUCUUAUUGUAGAAAGACAAGACUAUUUUAUCCACAAAUAACGAUGUCCCACAUCGUUUGAAAAAUAUACUUCUAUGCUUUUCUUAUAAGAUUAUUUGAUUUACUUACAGAUCAGUGGUGGGACCCCUUGAUAACGGGAACCCAUUUACGACAUCGAAAUGCCCCAUUGUCAAAGUUCUCCACACACUCCCCACAUCUUUUUCUUUUUCAAAUAAAAGUUGUGUCCCUAUUUUUAGAACCCAGGAUCCCACAUUGACUAAAAAUGAAUUAUUUCCUUUGUAGUUAAAACGUAACCAUUGGACUUCAACGUCAACGGGUUAACCGCCUUAAUAAUGGAAGCCCAUUAUAGACCUAUUAUUAAGGGAGAUACCCGUUUUGACCACCAGAGACUGUUCCCACAUCGAGACACUUCGAUUAUGAUUGGACCUUCAUAAGUCCCAUUAAUAUAUAUAUAUGUAUAAACAUAGGCGAAAGCCCCAAGAGCCGAACGUCCAAUCAGACUUAAUAAAAAAACUAAUCAAGUCUGAAAUAGUCGAACGGCCGCAAGAGCCAAUCGCAAAAAUAGGCAAAGGCCCCAAGAGCCGAAUGUCCAAUCAGACUUGAUCAAAAAAUUGAUCAAGUCCAAAAAAGCAGAAUGGCCACAAGAGCCAAUCGCAAAAAUAAGUGAAGGCCCCAAUAGUCAAACGCUCAAUCAGACUUGAUAAAAAAACUGAUCAAGUCCAAAAAAGCCGAACGGCCACAAGAGCCAAUCGCAAAAAUAGGCGAAGACCCCAAGAGCCGAACGUCCAAUCAGACUUGAUCAAAAAAUUGAUCAAGUCCAAAAAAGCCGAAUGGCCACAAGAGCCGAUCGCAAAAAUAAGCGAAGGCCCCAAAAGCCAAAUGCCCAAUUAGACUUGAUAAAAAAACUGAUUAAGUUCAAAAAAGCUGAACGGACAUAAGAGUCGAUCACAAAAAUAGGCGAAGGUCCUAGGAGCCAAACGCCUAAUCAGACUUAUCAAAAAACUGAUCAAGUCCCAAAAAAAAAAAAAAAAAAAAAAAAAAAAAAAAAAAAAAAAAACCAAA